UGUCACCGUUAAUACACAAAUCUGAGGCAGUGAAUAAUUUAUUAUGUGUGCUCUAAAAAUUAUAUUUAAUUGCUGUAUAUUAAUAAUAGUCAGCAUAAAUGCCGUAAAUAGUUUUCCAAGUUCUUUAAAUGAUGAAAAUGAAUAUCCCUUCGCGUUCUACACUCGAGCGGAUUGGAACGCCGACCCGUCUACAGAUGUAAGACAAUUGUCAACACCUACACCAUAUGUUGUGAUUCAUCAUACAUACUUGCCGGCAGCGUGCAACGACACAGAACAGUGCAAAGCUAGUAUGAAAUCUAUGCAGAACUACCAUAAAACUUUGGAAUGGGGCGAUAUUGGAUACAAUUUCUGCGUGGGCAGUGAAGGCGGAGCGUAUGAAGGUCGAGGGUGGGAGGUGAUCGGGAUACACGCAGGGAAAGCCAACAGCGUAAGCAUUGGAAUAUGCUUGAUCGGUGAUUGGAGAGAGGAACUACCACCUGUAAUACAAUUGGAAACAACAAAAGCGCUCAUCCAGGAGGGCGUAAAGCGUGGCUACAUCGACCCCAAUUACAAACUUAUAGGACACAGACAAGCUAAUCCCACAGAAUGUCCAGGAACUGCACUCUUUAACCAUAUUUCAACGUGGGAUCAUUUCGUGCCACAAUUCGAAUAAUCUAGAUUUAUGAGAUUAAAUGUUAUUUCCAUACAAAUAUACCUUAAGUUAGAAGUAACAGAUUAAAUAUAAAUAAGCGACAUUAAUCCUGUAGGUCGCUGGUGACUCCGAUAAAGAUUGAUUCCGAUAAAGAAAGACCAGAUUGAUAGAUUACAUAUUUUUAUUAGGCAGUAUGCGUCUGUACAUAGUGGGCGCGUACGCAACAGAGAGUAGUACCUACCCAGAUUAAUAAAAAAAUCUUAAUAAGCUUCCAAAAAGUGAAGAUUAUGUAUAAGCUGAUAUCCUAAACAAGUUAUCUAAUAACAUAUUUUUUGUAUUACCUAUAUUACCAUGAAAUACAUGAAAUAUAAUAUACAUAUAAUACAAGAACUACAAUUUUAAAAGUGAGAUUUUAGUAAUAAGUAUAAAGUAUAUAAAUAUUAAGAUAUUACUUUAAUAUAUUAUAAAGUGUACUCAUAAAGAUCGCCAAUUUGAAACUAGGUUGUUUAAUUUAAAUGUAAUAUUUUUUAGUAUAUAAAAAAUCGAAUCGAUUACGUUCUAAGGCGGUACGCUAUUACUGUGAAAAAGAUUGUUAGUAAAGUGGAGAUUAUUAGUAUAAUGAUACUUAUUUUUAAAUGGAUUAGUUACUCACAAAAAAUAUUUACUUAUUAUUAUUUAAGUUAUAUUGUA